GCCUUGAAGCUCCAUCUACGCUCCAUAUCCGCUCAAGAUUCGACCCGACGGCUUUCCCACAAGGGUUUCGGUUGCCCACUUGCAUCCUUCCUUGGGAAUAGCAAAUUGUAACACCUCCUUGUCCCGCGACGUUGUAGAGUUUUGGUUGUGGCUACCGAAUGCUCUGGAUUGCUGCAGCUGGGAUCGUAGCUUUGGAAGCAAGGCGGAGGGCAAGGCAGAGGGUGCGAGCCGGGCUGCCUAGCGUUGGCACAUUCAGUGAAGAAGCGCUGCGCUGUCCAGUGUUUAGCGGGCAGACGGCAAUUCGCCGGGUAUCCUCGGCACAUGAUUCGAGGACGCUCGAUGAGCUCACGCAGUUAAAGGAAAUCCUCGUUUGCCUUGCCCCAACUCACGUUGAUGAUUUCAUAGGUUCUGAAACUGUUCGGUCAGCGCUGUUCCGUGUGGAAGAUGCGCUGCCAUGGUUAGUCCGCAUUCUGCAGACAUGCGAGGAUUCCCGAGCCCUGAUUGAGGCGGCUGAAAUACUGGCCCAGCUGUCGCCCUCCCGUCUCAGCCUGCAGCCAGCCAUCUGCAAGGCGGGUGCCGUACAAUCGCUGCUACGGCUGUUAGCAUCGGUACGACAUUCGCCGCCACCGCAGCAGCAUGGGGUGCAGCAGCAGCAAAAGCAGCAGAGCCGUUGCUUCAUUGACGGCAACUGCGCCCAGCAGGACUACGCUGAAGCAGAUAGGGUUGUCCCAUUAUCCGCCAGUGUUGUUUCCGCCCCUGCGUUGGCUGCCGCCCUUCGCACGUUGGUUAACCUAACCAGUGACCCACGGGUCAACAGAGAUGCCGGUGGCGGCAUGGGCGCUCCAACUGUAGCAGCAGCUGUACGGCAGGCGGUCUUGCAGGACGAGGCAGCCAUGGAGGGGCUGCUACAGCUGCUGCUGCUACAACCGUACGAGAAGGAGGCCAGGGAUGUGGAAGGAGGAGGAGGAGUUAGCGACGUGGAGUGGCAGCUGGCAAGUCUCGCCGCUUGGCUGGUAGCACAUUUGGCUAGCAAGCCGUACGGACAGCAGAUGCUCGUGCGUGAGUACGGCAUCGUACCGGUCCUCGUACGGCUCGUACAGAAUGGGCGGUUGGCCUGCGAGGAAGCCGCGGCAGCUGCAGCAGCAGCGCAGCGCGUCGUCUCAUCCCGUACGACUACGGGAAGCGUACUACCAACCGCUUCCGUACUUCCGUACUUUUACCGUUUGUCUGCCGUACAGUACGGUCUGAUGGCGCUGGUGAAUUUGACGUACGAGGACGCGGGGGCCCAGUGGGCGGUAGCGGCUGCGGGGGCUCUGCGGGAGCUGGAGUUGCUGCUGCGACCCAUGGGUCAUGCUGACGGUGAAUGUUGUGAUGGCGGUGGUGGCUGUUUUGAUGAUGGGAGUGGGGACGGCGGAGGUAUGCAAGGGCCGCAGCAGCAGCAGGCGGAUAAGUGCGAUGGGCCGCCGCCGCCGCCGCAGCAGCAGCAGCAAUUGUGGCGGUAUGGCAAUGCUAGCGGCACCGGCGGCGGUGGUGGUUGUGGUGGCGGUGGUGCAGCAACGGGUGUGCUGCGUCUCUCCGUGUGGUUGCUGGCCCACCUUUCUUCCUGCGACUCGCGAGUCAAGGCCGCCAUCUUGGACCCCUCCCACGGCUUCCUGCCCGUCCUCGUGACCCUACUAACAGCCGCACCGCACCCUCAGCCGCAGCUGGAAUCGUGUCAGCAGCAUCGGCGCCAGCAGCACCAGCAGUACCACCAGCAACAGCAUGGCGGAGAUCAGCAGCUUAUGGAGCAGCAGCAGCAGCACCACCAUCAGCUCACACAGCAGCAUGAAAAGGGCUUGGUUGUCGUACGACAACAACAGGAGGAGGAGGAGGAGGCAAUUACUGCCGUACAACAGUACGCAGCGAUGGCGCUCGUCAACCUCACGUGCGGUGCCGCCUCCGCCAAGGUAGCUGUGGCGGCGGCAGCGGACUGGGGCCGAGUGGCGGAGCUUCUCCACAGGCUGGCAACUGAUUGCGGUUGCAGUGACGGUUACGGCCGCGGCAACAGCAGCGGCAACGGAUCGGUAUCGGCAGUUACAGGAACAGGAAGAGGAGCAGGAUCUGAGCUGCUGCUCUAUAUCGUGUGGCUGCUGCAGCAUUUGUCACUGUCACCCCUCGCCGCCUCGUUGAUUGACCCACGGGUCGUUCCACCCCUUGUGGCGCUGCUCGCCGCGCCCGAUCCGCACGUUCGGUUGCGUGCUACUGCCGCGCUGGGGGCUCUCGCCUCCGUCUCCAACCCCAACCCCAACCCCGCCCCUCCAACAUCCGUUACCUCCUCCUUCACCUCCUCAGCCGCUUGUACGACAGCUGCUGUUACUGCCUCGAGCAGCACUGCUACUGCCGUACAACACUGCCGGAGCACUGCUACUGCCAGUAGUGCUACUGCCGUACAAGAUCUCGGCGAGGAACGCCAGCAGGGUAAGGUUAAGGAGAAGGAGGAGCUAAGGCCGGUGUCCCACCGGGCUGCAUUUUUGGAGGCGGACGGCAUUCGGAGGCUGCUGGCGGCGGCGGCGGCAGAACGCGAUCCGCAGGUGUUAGUGUACGGCAUGUUGACCCUGUCGUCUGUCGUCGGCGAGAAUGACGUGGCGUCGGCGGUUGAAGCGGUUGCUGGCGGCGCAUUGGGGAUCCUGGAGGGGGUUCUGGUGGCGGCGACGGGAGCGACGGGGCCUGCUGGCCAUAGCUGCUACGGCCCUGGUGGCCAGGCAGCGUGCCUCAUUGCUGCCGCAGAAGCGCUUGAGGCACUCGCCCGCGCGGCCCUCACUGGUUGCAAACGCCGCUUCACCGCUCGGGACACCGCCCCUGUCGAGGCAUCAUCAUCAUCAUCAUCAUCA